AUGCGGCAAACCGCUGGUAAUAACCAGGUGGGAUUGAGGUAUCGAGUCCUUCAACGUCGCGUCAUGCAGCCUCGGGUUGCAAUGAAUGUUCCAUUCGUGACGAGCGGGACUCGUCGUGUGGGUUACCUUGCGGUAAUUCUGAGGAUCAGCGUCCGCAUCAUCAUCUACACCAAGAAGAUCUUUCACGUGGUAGUGUUGAGUGGGGCGGUGGUGAGUGUCCUGGGGCUGGCUGGUCCAUCACCGGACGCUGGGGCAGAGCCGGAGCCUCAGACCAAGGAUGGGUACACCUACGAUGCACCGUUCAAGUCAUUCGGCCUCCCAGGCGAGGACCUAGACCAGAUCCGGCCCACCUACACGGAGCCUGACACGGGAUACCUUCCACCAGUGGGUCUCGCUCCUGACGAUGCUCUAGCCGGCCUAGCUUUCGGUUUACCCUCUAUUGACUCUGAUUUCGGCCAACCAAGUCCUGGGCCGUCUUACGAUCCUCCGCCAUAUGGCGUAACUACACCAUCCUAUACACCAACAAAACCAACCUACGUUCCACCUAAACCAUCCUAUACACCACCAAAACCGACCUACGGUACGCCUAAACCUACCUACGUUCCGCCUCAACCAUCUUAUACACCACCUAAACCUACCUACGUUCCACCUCAACCAUCCUAUACACCACCUAAACCGACCUACGUUCCACCUCAACCAUCCUAUGCACCACCUAAACCGACCUACGUUCCACCUCAACCAUCCUAUACACCACCUAAACCAACCUAUGGAACGCCUAAACCGACCUACGUUCCACCUCAACCAUCCUAUACACCACCUAAACCGACCUAUGGAACGCCUAAACCGACCUAUGUUCCACCUCAACCAUCCUAUACACCACCUAAACCAACCUAUGGAACGCCUAAACCGACCUACGUUCCACCUCAACCAUCCUAUUCACCUAAACCGACCUACGUUCCACCUCAACCAUCCUAUACCCCACCUAAACCAACCUAUGGAACACCUAAACCGACCUACGUUCCACCUCAACCAUCCUAUUCACCUAAACCGACCUACGUUCCACCUCAACCAUCCUAUACCCCACCUAAACCAACCUAUGGAACACCUAAACCGACCUACGUUCCACCUCAACCAUCCUAUUCACCUAAACCGACCUACGUUCCACCUCAACCAUCCUAUACACCACCUAAACCAACCUAUGGAACACCUAAACCGACCUACGUUCCACCUCAACCAUCCUAUUCACCUAAACCGACCUACGUUCCACCUCAACCAUCCUAUACACCACCUAAACCAACCUAUGGAACGCCUAAACCGACCUACGUUCCACCUCAACCAUCCUAUGCACCACCUAAACCGACCUACGUUCCGCCUCAACCAUCCUAUACACCACCAAAACCGACCUAUGGAACACCUAAACCGACCUACGUUCCACCUCAACCAUCCUAUUCACCUAAACCGACCUACGUUCCACCUCAACCAUCCUAUACACCACCUAAACCAACCUAUGGAACGCCUAAACCGACCUACGUUCCACCUCAACCAUCCUAUUCACCUAAACCGACCUACGUUCCGCCACAACCAUCCUAUACACCACCUAAACCGACCUAUGGAACGCCUAAACCGACCUAUGUUCCACCUCAACCAUCCUAUACCCCACCUAAACCGACCUAUGGAACGCCUAAACCGACCUACGUUCCACCUCAACCAUCCUAUACACCACCUAAACCGACCUACGGUACUCCUACACCAUCUUACACCCCACCUAUACCGACCUAUGCUCCACCCAAACCAACCUACGGUACGUCUGUACCCUCUUACACUCCACCUAAACCAACCUACGGUACACCUGUACCAUCCUACACUGCACCUAGACAGAGCUUUGGUUCAUCUUCUCACUCAUCAGAGUCCUCAAGUUUCUCAUCAGAAUCCUCGUCAGCUUACAAAUCCUCUAAUGAGGUCAUAAAUGUUGGUUUUGGCAGCGCAUCGGCCGGCGGCGUGGGACUAGCUGGCUCCUUCGGGGGAGCCAACACUGCCUAUGGUCCUGUGCCAUUCACUGGCACCAACCUGGCCGGUUCCCAGGGCUCUACUGGAUUUACAGGUUCCCAGGGCUCUGCCGGAUAUACAGGUUCCCGGGGCUCUACCGGAUAUGCAGGUUCCCAGGGCUCUACCGGAUAUGCAGGUUCCCAGGGCUCUGCCGGAUUUGCCAGUACCCAAGGCUCUACUGGAUUUGCUGGUACCCAGGGCUCUACCGGAUAUGCAGGUUCCCAGGGCUCUACGGGAUUUGCCAGUUCCCAGGGCUCUACGGGAUUUGCCAGUUCCCAGGGCUCUAUCGGAUUUUCAGGUUCCCAGGGCUCAACUGGACUAACAGGCUCGUAUGGAGCAUCUGGGUUUGCAGGUGGUGUGGCGGGCUCAUUUGAUGAGCAAAACUCGCUUCUGUCGUCGCAAGAUGCAUCCCUUGAAUCACGACAGCUAACUUCCGGCUAUAAUACUGGACCAGCAUAUAAUGAGAAGGGGAUGCCAUUCGACUUCGCUUACGCUGUGAAUGACGAGUACAAUGGUAACUUCUACAGUCAUAGAGCGAACUCUGACGGCAUACUAACGACCGGCGAGUACUCAGUUGUACUUCCGGAUGGUCGCAAGCAAAUCGUCUCCUUCACGGCCGACAAAGACCUGGGUUAUGUAGCCAAGGUUACUUACGAGGGUGAGGCUAGCUACCCCUCCCAGGCACUAAACACCUACAAUUAACAAGAGGCGCAUCGAGUUCCUAAUUCCCACAGGUUGUUUCACAAGGCAAUUCAAAUCUGCUAAUAAUUUUUUUCCGAACCUCGCGUUUUAUUAGGGUAUAUAGCAUUCUUAUAAAUCUUAUACCUAUUACUUUUGGAGGAAAAUUAAUUUAUUCGUUGUUAUUAGUUAUGGUUUGGUAUACAUGGUAAACAAAUGCUCAUAUUCCAUAUCUCAAGUUGAUUUCUUAUAUUAAGCCUUCAUGGAGAAAAUUGCUCUCAAUGUUGACUCCAAUAUGUAUUGCCGAAUGAAAUGUCUUGUGGUAAGCUGACCACAAAGUCAGCAGUCUCACCAAACUGUGUUCUCUCAAUACAGGCCAAGUUGUGUAAUCUAUAAGUGCCACUAAGUGUUAGUGAACUUUUACAAACUGAAUAUUAAGAGGACAAGAUGGACUGUGGUUAUUUAGGAAAUAACACGUCUGUGUCCUCACUGCACCCAUUACCCAUCUAUCUCACCCCACGGACAUAUUGUCUUCUGCUUCGCUCAAUCAUCGACCUCUUCAUUGUUACUGGAUAAAUAUUGUCGAUUGUAGAACAUUAGGCAUUACGAAUAUUGUUAGUAUUGUGCAAUCUCAGUUUUAGGGAAAUAAAAGUUUUUAUAUUGAAA